GCCGGUUGUGGGGCCAAGACUUACUCUGAUUGUGAGCACCAACUCGCUCGCCUUAGUGUGACUUGCAAGGUGAUGGGGCACGUACUGCCCUCCUCGUACCUGCAUCACCCACUGAUCCUUGUAGGCACUUAAAUCCCUUGUCUUCCUACCAACUUUUUCUUGUGGGCAAGUGAUUUUUUCCUGGCAAUUGUAGACAGGCGAUCGUUCUUUUCGGUAGGUGACCCUUGUGGACAAGUCAUCUUUGUGAGCGCGUACUGCCCUCGUGCUUGCAUACCCACCACCUCUUGAAGGCAGUUCACUCUUUCUUGUGGAAAGGGUCAUUUUUGUGGGCAGGUAACCAUUCUUUGUGAGCAGGUGACCAUUGUAGGUCAUCUUUGUAGUGAAGUGAGUGUAGUGGAGCUACCAUGGAGUGAAGGAAUGUUGGUACUCAUGGUGAUGGGUUGUGUUGGAGGUUAUGAGUGAGUUGGUGGUGAAGCUGUGGCAGUAUGGCAGGCCAUCUCAGGAGGAGUGGUUCUCGUUACGGAGGGGCAGCAGGACCCCGCCCCGCCGUCGUCAUCCGCAAUAAGAGCGUCAGGAAGAGUAUCAGAGAAAUCAACGCUUUCCGCUACUCCAGCUUUGUCGACCUCAUCUACUUCGCCUCCAAGACUGAGGUGUGCAAGGCUCUGAACAAGACGCGGGGGUUAUACCAGCGGUGGGGAGAGCUGCAGGAGGAAGGAACCAUCGUCACUAGCAAGGAGCAACUCGACUGGACCAACACAGAGCUCCGUAACGCCCUCAGGUCCAUAGAGUGGGACCUGGAGGACCUCGAGGAGACUAUCGGUAUUGUGGAGAAGAAUCCCAGAAAGUUCAAGAUUGAUGGCGGCGAGCUAGCGGCGAGGAGGACCUUCAUCGAACACACCAAGGAGGAGGUUAAGUCCAUGAAAGAACGUCUCAACUUAACGAAGAAGGACAGAGACGUUACAGCAAGACAGAUUCCAGAAGAAGUGCCAGUGGAUGAUAACAGCCCACUCAAGAUGCCUCAGGUAGUGACCCAUGGAGCUACACGCUACAGCCGCCUCGUCAAUGAGGCAGAAAGUCCUAAUAGUGAAUUUAUUGAAAGAACUCUUGCUCAGCAACAGAUGAUUAUGAACCAGCAAGAUGGGCAGCUUGACCAGAUAGCAUCAUCAAUGGGGACUCUCAAGAACAUGUCACGUCAAAUUGGCCAAGAGGUCGAUGAGCAAGCUGUGAUGUUGGAUGAUUUUGGUCAUGAGAUGGAGAACACUCAGAGCAAAAUGGAAAAUACACUUAGUAAAAUGGCCAAAGUCAUGCACUUGUCUAAUGAUCGACGUCAGUGGGCUGCAAUUGGUGCACUUUCAGGAGUCUUAGCUGUAGUAUUAAUCCUUUUCUUUGUACUUUGAAUUUAUGUAUAAAGGUAUACAUAUACAAAAAAUAGGUUAUUGUUUGUAUGAAACUAACACAAAAGUAUUUUGAGCAUUUAUUUAAAUGCUGUAGAACCCUAGUUAUUUGCACAGAUUUAGAAUGUACUAACCUAAAACUUUUAUUUAUACUUUGCUAAAGAUUUUAAAAUAGAAAUAGAAGAUAAAGUGCUAUUUAAAAUUUAAAUAAUGCAGUAAAAUUAUCUUAAUAAAUUUGGUAUUUAUUUUAAUCAGGAGGAAGUACAAAACCUGUAGGGAUCAUGCGACUCCUAGGGGAUGAAGUAAUCAGGAUAAGUCCAAUUGUUUGGAUUCAGAAUCCCUCACUAGUACCAAAGCACCUCCCUUGAGGGGGACUAGGCUUCGUAAUAUAAAAACAUUAGUACUGUGGAUUAUAAGUUGAAGAACAAGGGCUCAGCAUUGCUAUUACUGUUAUAUAGCAUACUAACAAACAACUGCAGAUCACAAACUGCUUGUUUGGAGAAAGUAAAUCUAGUGAAUUUAUUAUAUUUUAUGCUGUUAAUUAAUGUGGCUAAAAGAAAGCAGAUUUUGUUCAUUGUGCUUUAUAAAAAUAGAUGCUAUUUAAGGCCAUUAAAUUAGGUUUAAGCUUUCUAGGUAUGUCGAGGUAAAAAUUAAACUAUGACUUACGGAAUGUUUCUGGAAAUACACAUCACACUAAUAGUGCUAAAUUUGUACAAAUCUUUAAUUGCUGGAAAUGUAUAUUAUAUUGAAAAACCAGCACUAACCCUGUACAAAUCAUACUGCUCAUGGAAAUUUUGAUAGAUGAAAGAUCAGUGUUUUUUAAAUGUUUUACUUUAUAAGAAUGAAUUUGCAUGUAAAAUUUUAUUAUGUUCCAAGUGAUAAAACACCAUCAUAAAUUUUUAAUAUCUGUCCAGCUUGUAUUUAUGACUGAACUAAUUUGAUUCCAAUCAUAAAUACAAGUUUGACACGGUGUAGUAAUUUUUUUUUAACACACUGGCUGUCUCCUACUGAAGUAGGGUGACCCAAAAAAGUAACGCUUUCACCAUCAUUCAUACUAUCACUGUCUCGCCAGAGGUACGCAGAUAUGACAGCUCAGGUGACCCUCGAAACAGCAAAUAUCCCCACCCCUCCUUUAGAGUGCAGGUACUGUACUUCCCACCUCUAGGACUCGAGUCUGGCUAAUUGGUUUCCCUGAAUCCCUUCACAGAAUUUUACUGUAUCCACAAAAAGAACUAAAUUUUUAAAUAUUGUAGUAGAGAGCCAUGUGAAGAAUUGAAAAACAUUGAACCAAUAGGUCAGAAAUUCUUCUGGAAUAUAGAGCUAAAUUUUUGAGAAAUUGAACAGCUUUCUGCUAUAAGUGUGGAAUCAGCCAGGUCAUGAUGGCUGUGGGUUUCCAGGCCACUAGCACAAAUAGCCUGGCUAACCAGGCAGUUAAGAAGGUCUGGCCCCAGGCUGGGCUGCAGGUGUAUGUGAGCCCUUGAAACCUCUUAUAGGUAUAUGAAUGUCCUUGCCCCCCAAAGAAAAAUUUUAAUUUUAUGUUUUAUCACUUGUAAAAUAGUACCAUUUUAAAACUUAUUUUGAGAGUAAAUAUUUCCGGAUUCAUUCCUUAAGCCUCGGUACUCUCGUACAACUUUUCAAGGAAUUAUGUCUCUCCACAAUAAUAAUGAAGUACUUUCCUAAUUGGAUAUGCCUUGAUGUUGGUGAGAGAGAGAGAGACUUGAUCCAAAGGAAUUCUACCUAUCCUCAGAUUGGAUGUGAUUGCUUCUAAUCCCCCAGGCACUGUAUGUCUCCUAUAGGGUUUAUACUCUCUUUUCUUCCCAUAAACUGGAUUGUUUUAUAAAAGAUAUGACUUAGUUGUGUGCCAUUGAAUGUUUGUGAUCAAUAAAUAUUGAAAACUGAGUGAUAAAAUGUGCAAAAAGGCAAAGGGUUCUGCUAUAUAAAUGAUUUUUGAAUAUCUUCAUAGCUUAUAAAAUCUUUAUCAGGAGAGCAUAAAUAUUUUGUAAUUGAAAAUAUUGAAUGGUUUAUUUGGAUAUGCUAGUUUGUACAGUGUAACUUAAGUACCAUAUGUGGUAAUUUAUUAGGAAGUAGAUUUUUUAAUAUGUUUUAGAUAUAGUCUAGGUCCACAUUGUGACCCUGUUGUCUUCCUGUGUACUGUAACUUAAUCCUAUAUUGACUUCUUUUCAUUUGCUUGAAGCUCUAUAAUUGUAGCAGCUUUAAGAUUUUUAAAUCACAUUAUAUAAUUUUUAAUUAUAUGAUUUAAUUUUAGCCAUUGCUACUUCAGUAACUUUUAAUUAAAUCAUAAUACUAUGUUUUUAUAUGGGUUUUGAGUGCUGCAGUGAGGUGGCCAUUAAAGGCAGUGGAGAUGUCCUGUUUGAGAGCAAUAUGAUGCAGAGAAUUUGGAGCAUAGAAAUUAAACUGAUACAGGGUCACCAAGGAUAUAAUUCAGAGGGCUGAGGAGGAAUAGUUGCCAGAGAGGAUAGGAUGAUUAUAUAAAUUUGGAGUGGAAGAUAGAAAAGGUAUUUACCCCAGGAAUGGUUGGAAGGAGGAGAUUAUUAUUAUUAUUAUUAUAAUCAAAAAGAAGCGCUAAGCCACAAGGGCUAUACAGCGGAAGGAGGAGAUAAGAGAGGCUUUUGAGUUUUAGGGGCUUGAACAUCCAGCACAGGACAUUUGUACAAGUGAAUACAAACAAGUGGUUUUUAAUGAACAUGCUGUUCCAGGACUUGAGUCCUGGAGGUGGAAAGGGCAAUGCCUGAAUUCUGAAGGAGUGAUAGGGAUAUUGUGAGCAGAGGGUAAUCUGAUAUGUGACCUUAGCACACUUCUGGAAAAAUGACUAUUGAGUAAAUGUUGGUGAAUGUAUUUUCUUUAGGUCACCCUGCCUUGGUGGGAGAUGGCCAUCGAGUUAUAAAAUAAAUAAUUUAUAUACAAUGUAUACAUAUAAAUUAUUUUAUAACUCAGUGGCCAUCUCCUGCCAAGACAGGGUGACCCAAAGAAAACACAUUCAUCAACAUUCACUCAUUCACCUUCUUUCAGAAGUGCUAAUAAUUUAUGUAUUAUAUACACACACAGGCUUGAACUCUUUAAUUUGCUGGGUUAGGUUCCUGGGAGAUGACUCAAAUCAUGAAGCCAUGAAUAGGAAAUUUUGUAUAUCCUAGUUUUUUUUUAAUUAGCUGUUUCCCCAGGAAGCUAGGGUAAUCCAUGAAGGGAAACACAUUUAGUAGAUGUCUUGCCAGAGGUGCAGGUAACACAGUUCAGAUGCAUUGUCCUCCACACACCAGCACCCUCCUCUCCUUCCGAGUGUACAUACUGUAUUUCCCACUUCCAAGGCUCAGGUCCAGCAUCUCUUCAUAUUAAGUCUCUUUCACUUCCCUCCAACCCUUCCUGGAAUGAUCCCUACAUUUCUUGCUACCCUGUAUUUAUACACCCUCUUCACUACCUUAUUCUGCUUCAUCUUGAGUGGCCUCCACACUUGGCAUUUUGGAGUUUUGUAACUCCAAACAUUUCUGUGGCCCCAGUUCUGCACAUAAUGUUUAAACCACACAUUGCUCUCAACCAUGACAUCUCCACUUGCUUCCAACUUCAUUGAUGCAGUAUUUGAAGACCAUGCCUUCUCACAUGUGUUGUAUCGCUAUACAGUGGUACCCCCGAGUUUCGUACAUAAUUUGUUCCAGAAGGCUGUUCGACUGCCAUUACCAAACGAAUUUAUUCCCGUAAGGAAUAAUGUAAAUUAAGAUUAGUCUGUUUCAGACCUCCAAAAAUACACUUACAUAAUUGUCUGAGUUGGGAGCAGUAUGAAACUCAGGGUACCACUGUACUUUGAUAUAAUUCCCUUCCCCUCCUUACUUUCCACAGAUGCCUCAACACAUCCUUUCCCCUGCAUCUGUUCUAUGGUUUGCCUUGUUUAUCAGUUUAACAAUGAGAUGUUGAAAUAUUAAGAAAAAAAGUUUAUUUCUAUAAAUAUUGAUAUAUAUUUUAUUUUUUAAAGAAACUAUGAAUAUGAAAAGUUCAUCAAAAGCUAAAAGUUCAGGCAUUUUUUUUUUCCUCUGUAUACAAUAUAGUUUUCAGAAUUGCCCACAUAUUGGUUACCUUGUCAUUCAUAACAUUUAUCCAGUUGCUAUAAAUGAAUAAAAUGUCAGAACCAUUUCUGGAACAAUUUACCAAAAACCUGCACUUAAAAAGAACCAUGUGAUGAUUCAUUUCAUCCUGGACCAUUGUCAAGUCACAUGUUGAGAGUCUGCAAUGGUCCAGGAUGGACCAAAAGGUUGUCAGAGUUCUUCUAAGUGUAGGUUUUUUGUGCAUUACAAAUGUUUCAGUGAAAAGAGUUCUAUAUGCUUAGGUUAAGCACUAUUACAGCUUUUUCAGUGUAUAUCAUUUACAUAUUAGGUAAACAGGUCACUAUGCAAUGUGUGUGUAUAAUAUACAUAUAUACACACACAGUGGUACCUCGGAAUACGAACUUAAUUCAUUCCAGAAGGCUGUUCGAGUGCCAAUACUGAAUGAUUUGUUCCCAUAAGGAAUAAUGUAAAUUAGAUUAAUCCGUUAGACCCCCAAAAAUACAUUUACAAAAGCACUUGCAUAAAUGUUCGAGUUUUCAGCUGUUCGUGUCCCGAGGUACCACUGUAUACAUAUAUAUAUAUUCAAGCAGUGUCUUGCUCUUCUGACAUCGGGAUACCAUACAAUUUUCACGAGGAUAAAUUAUACACUAAUGUCUGUUC